AUCAAAAGACUUUGACGUCAGCGUGUUGAUCGGUUCGGGUUUUGCAGCUGAAUGAGAUGCAGACAAAUUCUUUAUGUCGGUGAUUUGCGUCAGAAGGUACAAGAUCUGGAAUUUAGUAACAAUAUAAUAGCAGAUUCAGGUUUUGUUGUUAACGAAAAUAUAUUUACAAGACAUUAAUAGCAAGAUUUUACAAUUUUGUUAAUUCGGAUGGUGUUUGUAAAUUGUAGUUUAUGGCGUAUUCCUCUUGGACUCAAAAUAUGAAUUCAAGCAGAUUACAACGGCAACAAUGUUACCUUUGUGAUUGCCCACGGGCACCUUGGGCUAUCUUAAAUGACUUUAGUGAGCCUAUAUGUAGAGGUUGUUGUAAUUAUGAAGGUCCUGACAGAAUAGAGGCCGUUAUAGAUUAUGUUAGAUCACUGAGAAAAGGGUGGGAUCAUCAAGUUCGUUCGCUAAAAAAUCCGAAUUUAAAUUCUACUGGAACAUCAAUUGGAUCAAGUCCUAGUCCUGGGGGGCAUUCAAAUGGAUCCAUGGAUGCUGUGACUAGCAUGGCUGGUACUUUGUAUCCUUUUGGACAGUAUCACAAUAUUGUUCCUCAUCACAGUGAUCACAUGCGUUUCAUGCAUGCUGUAAAGUCUGAGCAGAAUUCACAUGCUGAUAUACCGCCUGAUAACUUUCCUUCAAAAAGUUCAUUUGUUGUACCCAGUGAGCCUGGGUCACAAUCAGUGGUUGUAAAUCAACGAAGUUCUGAGGAGGCUGCUCAUGCUGAAGAACACAGGCGUUACAUGGCUAGUGUAGCGGCAGGAAAAGAACCACUGCCACCUCGUAUGCCAAUUAUUCGAAGGCCUCCAGAAUAUUCAGAAUACCCUGAUAUUGUCAGAGAAACGUUAGAAGUAUUAAAUUCUUGUGUUCCAUUUGAUGUAAGGUUUAAAAAGGAUCAUAACCAUGUUGGCAGAGUGUUUUUAUUUGAAGCAGCCCCUCGCACAGGUGCAACUUCACCUAGUGAUUUUGAACUUAAAAUUCACAUUGAAUAUCCACGGGGAUCAGAAAAUUUUUGCCAAAGUGCAUCUUCGGUUGCUAAGCAAAUGUAUCAAGACUCCAUGAAAGAACUAGGAAGGGGCUUGUCGUCUGGUUUUAAAUACCUGGAAUAUGAAGUUCAAGGAAAUCCAAAUGAGUGGCGUCUUCUAGGUGACUUACUUCCAGAGAAUAUUCGUAUAUUUAAGGAACCUAUUAGCCGUACCUUUUUACCACAAAGAGUAACAGACCACCCGGCCUUUCAUCCAAUGAUAGGACCCCCUCCUGUGUGCCAACAAAAUAAAUAUCGCACUAAAAGGAAGGCAGAAGAUAUAGAACCUCCAGGAGUUCCAUCCCGUGCUCCAAGAAGAACUUACAAAGAAAGAGAAGAUGAACAAAUACAACGUCAUUUAUGGAUGCAGUCUCAGGUAGAUGCCCUGCGGUUGUCAAUGGCUCAUUUGACAGGACCACCUGAAGCUGCUAUGCAUUCGGUUAGAUCUUCAGCAAUGUUAGAUCAUCAGCGUCAUCCUGCUCCACUUCCCCAUGCUCCCAUGACACCAGGUAGCCAGCCGCCUACACCACAUCAACCAUCACCAAAAGCACCAUGGGGCGUACCCUCAUCAAUGGCAGCACUAAUCAGUGCUGCUAGUGCAGAAACUAAUCCAAAUGCUAUGAAGGAAUCAAGAAAAACACAACUUUCAGAUAUAAAAUCAAAGACUCCUCCUUCAAUAGAUAAAGACUCAAAUAAUGAAAACAAGGACGAAAAUUCUGUAAAUGUUAAGACAGAAGAUAUAAAUAAUGAAAGGAAAGACAAUAACUCUGAAAGCCAUACUAAAAAGGUUGGUCCAAAGGGAUCAAGCCAAUUAAAAUGUAGUAUUUGUGACGACUGGUUGGAAGAUACACAUUUCGUACAGUGUCCCUCUGUAACUUCACAUAAAUUUUGUUUUCCUUGCUCAAAAGACAGUAUAAAGAAACAAGGAUUUGGUAACGAUGUAUUUUGUCCGAGUGGAAAGCGAUGUCCACUUAUUGGUAGUAAUCUUCCUUGGGCUUUUAUGCAGAGUGAAAUACAAACUAUAUUGGCAACAAAAGGUCGUCCGAAACAAGUGAAAGAUGAGGGUGUUAAGGAAGAAGAUGGAAAGUAGUACUUAGUGUGUUUUGUUUGCCUUUUUUUAAAUGUGAUUGGUAUUAAGCACAAUUUGAUUAUAACAUUUUCCUGUUUUAUUUUUAGUAAUCUGUAUUGUAUAUAUGAAAUGUGAGUGUGUAUGUGUGUGAUUAGAAAGCAUAAUUCUCUCAUACAAUGUGUUACUUGUCUUUGAAAAUAAAAAUGCUUUUCAGUCGUUGCAUGUCUAUAGUGUCAGUUUUCAGUUUGAGGCAAAUGUGAAAAAGGGGAGCAGUUAUAUAUAUAUGGAAUUUUUAGCCAAUUUUAUAGCUAACCAUGAAGUUUCCGUUUAUGACUUGUAAAAAACUACAAUAUGUAGGAGAGGCAUCAUCACUUCUUUUUAUAUAAAGUUAUUAUUUUAUAAAUCUUAAGGAUAAAAACUUCUUCCUCUUAAAAUAUUUAUUAUCGUAGAAAUUGGGCUAAGUUUAAACAAGUACCCUUUCUUUAAGAGAGAAACUUUCAUGUUUAAUUAAACAAGGCCUCACAAUAGGAAAACAGACAACUGAACUUUUUCUUUAAUCUACGCAAUCUAAGUUUCAAACGGUACAUAAAUAAUUUUUCCUUAAAUAUUCUUAAAAUUUCAGAAAUCGGUCCUUAUUAAUUUUUAGCAGAAGAAUUCUUUAUAAAAGUGCAAGCCAUGCUGCUCGUUUUUGUAAAAGUUUCCUCCCCAAUAAAGCUUAAAAAUAUAACGGGUUUGAAUAUUAAGAAUAGCAUUCAGUCCUGGAUAAAAACUUUCAAACGUAAUUCUGCUGGAUUUUGAUGAUAAGUCCCAUACGCUUCUUUAACAUCACAAAACUUUAUAGUGUUCAGCACUAAGUUUCUUAUAAAAAGGUUUCUUAUAAAAGCGUUAACGCCAUGGCCGGCGGGUUGCUAAGAUUUAAAAAAGUCAGUUGUAAAUAUUGAAAAAUUGCUGGGUUUUAAUAUAAUUUAAAUAAAAAGUAUCUGAAACGAAGCAAUUGCAGGACUUUUUGAAUGAUCUGCAAUACUGAGAAAAAAUUUUUCCGUGUCCAUUUUACGUUUUCAACAGUCACGUUAUUUUAAGUAUGGCAUUUUAUUUUUAAUAUUCUUUUAUAGAAAAACGCAGUACGAUUCAAUACUGUUUUUAGUUAGA